UUUAUAUUCGCUUUGUUCCAGGUGCGGACAUUGUUCGUGAGCGGUCUGCCGAUGGAUGCAAAGCCCCGGGAACUGUAUCUGCUCUUCAGAGCUUACGAGGGUUACGAGGGUUCCCUCCUGAAGGUGACGAGCAAGAACGGCAAAACAGCUUCGCCAGUAGGUUUCGUGACGUUCAACACCAGGGCCGGAGCAGAGGCGGCCAAACAGGACCUCCAGCAGGGCGUACGGUUUGACCCGGACAUGCCACAGACCAUCCGGCUGGAGUUUGCUAAAAGUAACACCAAGGUUAGCAAGCCCAAACAGCAAGCCGCUAACGCAGCGAACACGCACCCAACUCUGAUGCACCCCCUCACAGGACAUCUCGGCGGGCCGUUCUUUCCGGGUGGACCGGAACUGUGGCACCAUCCGCUGGCUUACUCUGCGGCCGCCGCUGAACUACCGGGAGCCCUGCAGCACGCCACCCUAGUGCAUCCGGCGCUUCAUCCGCAGGUGCCACCCCCGAUGUCGCUGCCCCAUCCGACCGCGUUGACUUCAGUGCACGCGGCAUCUCUACCCCAUUUCCUGCCCAGUCCGGCCCUGGCGUCACCAGUUGGAUCGUCAUCGUCGCAGCCCGGCAUGGGGGUGAACAACCCCCCGUGCUCCACGCUCUUCGUCGCAAAUCUCGGCCAGUUCGUCUCUGAGCACGAGCUCAAAGAGAUCUUCAGCAGCUUCCCUGGCUUCUGUCGCCUCCGCAUGCACAGCAAGGGCGGAUCGCCCGUCGCCUUCAUGGAGUAUCAGGACGUGGGGAGUGCAGCCCAGGUGAUGUCCGCACUGCAGGCCUCCUUCCUGCUCUCCUCCGAUCGCGGCCCCAUCCGCAUUGAAUACGCCAAGACCAAAAUGGCACCGGCGGAGGGAACAGCAGCAAAAGGACAGGAAAAUGGACAAUCUUAACGCGUACAUGCCGCUAAGCACUUGACGACGACGCGUCGACAUAGCAACAACAACAACAACAGCAGCAGCGGCGCCUACUACAACAGCAACAGCAGCAGCAGCAACGAUCCAUUGCUGAGGGAGCCCAGAAGAAACCGAGGUUUUCUUCAAAUAUUUACUUUUAAUUUAUUACUUAUUACUAUAACUAAAACAACAACAACAACAA